AGGACUGACAGACGGCAUUACAAAAAAAGUGUGACCAACCUUACCGCGCUGCGUCGCAUUUUGAUAUUCGCGCCGAAAGAUACGUAAAAUUAAGAACUUUUCGAGCAGUUUUAUAUACAAAGCACACGAAUGAUGAAGACCGUGGACAAGGGGACAAUCCUUCAACGCUUCGUUGCAAACUGUCAGAAACUAAAAAUUGAAGAGAUUAUUUGGCAAAAAGCUAUUAAAACAUUUCAUAAACUCAACGUUGAUGGCGUCCUAUCCAAUGAGGCUGACGACUGGCUCUGCUGCGCUGUAUACAGUGAGCUGCAACAGACCAAAAUGAAGGACAUGCGACAAGAAGUGGUCAACACAAAAACAGAUGAAAAUGAACCAUGGGAUAAGAAGGCGCGAUGCCAAAGCUGGAACAUAUCGCUGACCAAACUGCUACGCAGCUUUGGUAUAAACAUUAACAAGUUCCUAAAACGCAUGGAGCAUUGGAAUUGGCUCGCACAGAAUGGGGAGGUCUUUCAGCAGGAAGUUAACGAUCUGGAGCGACGACUCGGCAUCACGCUACUUCUGCUACAGCACUACAAGCGCAUCUUUCAAAAGCUCUAUGUGCUGCCCGCGACAGCAGACAGUCGUGCUCAUUACCAAAUGAUCUAUGAAUUUGGCUGGCUGCUGUUUCUGGUGGUGCGCAACGAGCUGCCCCCGUUUGCAACAACCAAUUUAAUCAAUGGCUGCCAGGUGCUGGUCUGCGCCCUGGAACUAGUCUAUGUAAAUGCGCUUGAGGUGUACAAAUCAGAUGUUAUCAACACGGCGUUUCAGGGCGUACCCCCAAGCUGGUGCAACAAGGAUUUCGACAUUGAUCUGCUGCACAAGUACAGUGCCAUGGAUGCCAUAUGCGGUCUCAUACCGGAGCUGCCAGCAAAGGGGGCUCGGAUUAUGAAGAACGCCUUCUUUCACAAGGCUGUGAUGGGCUUGUUUAUGGAUCAACGUUUGCUGGGCAACGAUCGGGUUAUGCGCGAACUGAUCAAAGACGGCAUCUUAGAGGUAAACUUGGCAUCUUUGAAUCGCAGCUACGCUGUGCACGUCUCGGAUAUCAGCGAAAUUGAUGAGCGGGUACUUUUGAAGCACACACCGUCGUCCUCAGCAGACAAGGAACCAGCGCUAAGGGAAGAGAAACAGCAAAAUAACAUAAGCGAAGCAAACCGCAAGCUAAUCUCCGAGCUUACAAGCGACACACAACGCGAUAAUCUCACCAAGUUGCUAACAGACGAACUGCCGCAAACGCUGGCCACUUACAUAAGCGGUGCUCUGAGCAAAAGCGAUGUCAAGCUCUUGCAGCAAUCUUUGCUUGAAAUGUGCGACAAGUUUGAGAGUGCAGCGCUUCUAAAGACGAACACAUCUGAUAGCCGAUUUAACCUGGUUAGGGGCUUGUACUACCAGUUGCUGGACAAGAUCAUUGCUGCCGAGCUGCGUCGCAGGCCAACCAUCAAACUUGCGCAGCUACUAAUCCAGCUGCAGCGCACCUUUAAUGUCGCACUCAUCGCCUGCUGCCUGCAGCUGGUACUGCAUAUCUUUGAAGCACAGGAUACGCAGCUUAAGUUUCCCUGGCUGCUGAAAUGCUUUAACAUAGAUCCUUAUGAGUUUCAAAAGAUAAUUGAGCUAGUUGUGCGACACGAGUGCGGCUUGCUGACGCGUGAUCUCAUCAAGCAUUUGCAUGACAUCGAAGCCCAAUGCCUGACCUCGCUGAUUUGGCAAAAUAACUCGCAGCUGUGGCGUAUAUAUGCUAGCACGGGGCUGCCACGUUGCCAAGACGUGCAAUCAAGCUCGGGCCAGGAGAAUGUAAGAGCUGCGCCUGGCGCAAUCAACAUUUGUUUGCGCAAAUUCUAUCACCUGGCUAACCAAAGGCUGGCUUACCUUUGCAAGUGUCUAUCCCUGUUGGCGAGCUACACGAAAAUCUGGCACAUUUUAGAACACUCCAUCAUUGUACACGGCUAUGAGCUGCUGCGGGAGCGUCACCUCGACCAGCUCCUCAUGUGCGCGAUCUACCUCUGCGUGCGCAAGGGGCAGCUGCGAAUCAGCUUCAGCGAUAUCAUUCAACAGUAUAGACGCCAGCCUCACGCCCAAAGUGCCAUCUAUCGAGCCGUGCACUUGGCCGAUGGGCAGCCGAACACGGACAUCAUCACCUUCUACAAUCGAGUUUAUGUGCAGCGCAUGGCCGAGUACGCGUGUGAUUUACACUGUGAGCAAUCCUCAGUCGGAAAUGAAUGUGCUUCUACUCAGCGGCCACUGCAGGAGCUCACAAGCAAAAUGCGCUUAAAAAGCAACGGCAACAACACGAAUGUCUUCGUCUCACCGGAGGCGAUGCCACGCAUAUGCAUGGCCAAUGGCUGCAGGGCCAAAAUUAUAACCGAGACGGCGACGCCUAAGAAUCUCAAGCGUGCACACUCCAACGAAGAGCUGGGCAAGCAAAUAUCCACCUCCAAGCGACCAAAUAUACUCAGAAGACGCACAACCUUCCAAUGAGCAGAGGAGUGCGGCCAGAACUGUGCUAUUGCAUGUUAAGUUCUUUCGAGGGCUAUUCGCAUGCGUGUGCUACCUUUUUUUUUGUAGUGUAUAGACUAUGCUACCCAAUGUUAGAUUUUUAGGGUAUAUCAUUGUGAAUGAAUCUGAAAAUUGAAUUGUCUGGAAACUGAAUUUAUAAAUGGCCAAAUUGAGUUGAACGAUUAGAUUGGCCAGUUGAAAAGACUCGUCUAUCAGUUUUAUGCAUGUUUUCACCUCAAAUUAGAUAUACCUAUUUUCUUGAAUUUGUUUUUUAUACUUUCAUUUUCGCUUACGUUAAUUACUGCAAUUUAAGCGACAUAUCGCAGUCGCAUAUAGAAAAUUGAUUAUUUUGGUUAU